CAUCAUUUCAAGCCCGGCCUCCAAUCGCGAACCGGUGGCCAAUUCCCCUUCUUUUCCCCAGCCCAGGUUUUCUUUGCAACGCCUCCUUUGAGCCAUGCAAGGGGGAUUUUGUUCUCCCCCUUCCCUCCGAGCACAGUGAAAGCGGAUGGCUCCAACGGCGGCUGCGAUGGGAAGCUGCGGCCGGGGAGCGCAACGCACGACCAUCAGCCGCGCAGGCACCGCCACGAUCACCACCAUCGCUGCUGCUGCUGCUGCUGCUGCUUCCUCCUCCUCCUCCUCCUCGCUCGGGCCCCGGAAGGUCCCUCGGAACAGCUUCGUGGAGGCCACGAUGACCUGAUUUCCCGGGGUACCGCCGCCCCCAUCCUCCUCUUCCUCCACAUCCUCUUCUCCAGCCUCGCCACCAUUUAGAUAUACAUCCUUUGCGCACCGGAGGCGAGCUGCGGGGUGGGGUGGGGGGUAGCCGCAGCACCGAACCCCCCUCGGUGGGAGAGGGAAUGCGCGUCUGGCAAGCCGGCGAGGGGCUGCGACCAGGGAGGGGAGACCGAAAGCGAAGAAAGGCGGCGGAGGGUCCUAUUAUUAGCAACACCUGCUUCCGCCUCCCCCCCCCCUUCCCGCGAUGUCGCUUUCACAUCCAGAGCGCAGGCGAUUCCCAUUCUAGCUGCGGGCGCUGCGCCCUAAAGACCAAUUAAAAGCAUCUCAGAAGGGGGUCCAAGCGGAAUGGGAACGGGUGGGUUGCUGCCUUUUGCUUUCUCCUUUCGCCUCCUUUUAUCCGUAUCUUUGUUAAAGUCACUUUCUCUCCUCUUCUGCCUCUCUGCAGAUUCUCCCUCCCCCUCCCUUACGAAGUCUUUUGUCACUGUCUGCCUGCACGUUUCCUCCCUCUUCCCCCCGCUCCGCAUUUCCUAACAAUUAGUGGGUUUUUUGAGCCCUUAAUUCCCCCCCCCCCAGGUUCUUAAAGUAUUGGGAAAGAGAAGCGAAGAGACGCGUGUUUGUUUGCUCUUUCUCCUUUUGGAGAGACUCUGUGAGCCCCUGCCUGCCCCCACCCCAGUAGUUGGAGAAGCAGGAUACAACCUUUCUUGGGGGAAUGUCAUCCCUCUCACCACCUGGCCCCCUUCCUAAUGUCUGGAAGCGUCCCAGUAGCCACACUUAGGAUUCCUCCCCCUGUGUGUCUCCCCCUCACUGUGAAAGUUGUACUAUAUUCUCUUGUCAUUCUUCCCUGUUUCCUAUCUUGUUUUUCUUGCAACCUUUGAGUCCCUUGCGAACUGAGCCGAUGCUGUAUUGGAUAAGGUUCUUCCUUGUCCAGCUAUUGCUUUCUUUUAAAGGACCUCAAGGGUUGACCCACAAUCCUGGGGCCUCCUUCCUUGGGACACUAGGAUCUUCUGCUGCCAAGUAAGUUCCAUUUCAAAGACCACGGGAGGAGUACAAAGCCUCUGCGACGAAGUUGAAUUGUUUCCUUCUGCAAGAGUUUUCAUGCAAGUCUGAGCUGUUUGCCUUUCCGAAAUCCAGUAGCAUCAAGGGGCUCUUGCUGGCAAGUAGGGGGGUGGGGGCAGCUGCUGAAGAGGUUUUCCGGUAUCUCCUUCCAAUAGGGAUUGGAAACUCAAAGGACAUUUUCAAAACCUCCCUGCUUCACUGGGACCUGCAGAGAGCAAUGGUUGGCUUUCUUUCCAGGAGCAGGUGCACCUAUUUCUGGAGUGGCAGAGCUGAUCUGAGCUGCCUUUCAAGAUUAUCGCCACCUGCAAACAUUUGUCGCUUCCCCUUGCUGUGAAUAGCCCAGCUGUGCAAGCUGGAAAAAAAGGAGGGAGGCUUCCCACAAGGACAAGCUGAUGGGGAAAUGUGUUCUCACCUCCUCCCUUCCUCCUCCUCCUCUUGCUCCUAGUGAAAGUAGCCAGAGAGCAGGUCACCCGACUUCUGCUUCCACCCUUCUCCUUUGGUUAUUGCCCAAGUAGUCACCUGAGUUGCAUCUCCCACUUUGGGCAGUUCUUUGAUGGCUUCUCUGAGGAGAGUGAAAGUCCUGCUGGUCUUAAACUUGAUUGCAGUUGCUGGGUUCGUCCUCUUCCUGGCCAAGUGCAGGCCCAUCGUCGUGAAGAGUGGGGACUCCUUCCACGAAAUCCACCCCAGGGCAGAAGUGUCCAACUUGACUGCCCAUGCUGGAAACCCCAUUCAGGAUGCAGUUUUGAAAAGGCUGUCACUUCUCGAAGACAUUGUCUACAGACAGCUCAAUGGUCUGUCCAAAUCACUGGGGCUCAUUGAAGGCUAUGGUGGCCGUGGGAAAGGAGGGCUUCCUGCCACGCUUUCCCCUGAGGAGGAAGAGAAAGCCAAGGGACCACAUGAGAAAUAUGGCUACAAUUCCUACCUCAGUGAGAAAAUAUCACUGGACCGUACCAUACCAGAUUAUCGACCAACCAAGUGUAAAGAGCUGAAAUACCCAAAGGAUCUCCCGCAGAUUUCUAUUAUUUUUAUCUUCGUGAACGAGGCCUUGUCGGUCAUCCUGCGUUCAGUGCACAGUGCGGUGAAUCACACACCUGCUCACCUGCUGAAGGAGAUAAUUCUUGUAGAUGACAACAGUGACGAAGAGGAAUUGAAGGCACCCCUGGAAGAGUAUGUCAACAAGCGAUACCCUGGCCUGGUGAAGGUGGUCCGCAAUCAGAAAAGGGAAGGCCUCAUCCGAGCUCGCAUCGAAGGCUGGAAGGUUGCCUUGGGCCAGAUCACUGGCUUCUUCGACGCACACGUGGAGUUCACAGCAGGCUGGGCUGAGCCUGUUCUUUCACGGAUCCAGGAAAACAGGAAAAGAGUCAUUCUUCCUUCUAUUGACAAUAUCAAGCAGGACACCUUUGAGGUUCAGCGCUAUGAAAAUUCAGCCCAUGGAUACAGUUGGGAACUGUGGUGCAUGUACAUUAGCCCACCGAAGGACUGGUGGGAUGCUGGAGACCCUUCACUACCAAUCAGGACUCCAGCUAUGAUAGGCUGUUCUUUUGUGGUGAACCGGAAGUUCUUUGGAGAAAUUGGACUUCUUGAUCCAGGAAUGGAUGUUUAUGGUGGAGAGAACAUAGAGCUUGGAAUUAAGGUAUGGCUCUGCGGUGGCAGCAUGGAAGUCCUGCCCUGCUCUCGAGUGGCCCAUAUUGAGCGCAAGAAGAAACCUUACAACAAUAACAUUGGCUUUUACACAAAGAGGAACGCAUUGCGGGUGGCCGAGGUGUGGAUGGAUGACUACAAGUCCCAUGUGUACAUUGCGUGGAACCUGCCACUGGAGAAUCCUGGAAUUGAUAUCGGAGAUGUUUCAGAGCGAAAAGCACUCAGAAAAAGCUUGAAGUGCAAGAACUUCCAAUGGUACUUAGACCACGUCUACCCAGAAAUGAGAAGAUACAAUAACACCAUCGCAUAUGGAGAGCUGCGCAACAACAAGGUGAAAGAUGUCUGUCUUGAUCAAGGACCACAGGAGAACCACACAGCCAUCCUGUAUCCGUGCCAUGGUUGGGGGCCACAGCUUGCCCGCUACACCAAAGAAGGGUAUCUUCACUUGGGUGCUCUUGGGACCACGACACUCCUGCCUGAUACCCGCUGCUUGGUGGAUAAUAUGAAAAACCGAUUCCCACAACUCCUGGACUGUGAAAAGGUCAAGAGCAGUCUCCAUAAGCGCUGGAGUUUCAUACAGAACGGUGCAAUUCUAAACAAAGGGACAGGCCGCUGUUUGGAAGUUGAGAAUAAAGGCAUGUCAGGUAUGGAUCUUAUUCUUCGAAGCUGCACAGGACAAAGGUGGACAAUUAAGAAUUUCAUCAAGUAGAAUGCCCUUUCUCCUAUGCUCAAGAACUGAUGGAAUUCAGAUCUUUCACAAGGGUAGACAUCCUUCCAUCUCCUCUGCUCUGUUCACAAUAUCAGGGAAAACUCUUAAGGGAAGAGAAUAUUUUCUUUCUUUUUCAAAAAAAUAAUUAUUUAUUGAACUUUGAUUAUCUCUCUGCUGACUUCAACCAGCUGGAAGAAAACAUUCUAGGUCUGCAGUUGUCAUUACUUGAGCACUCAACUGGCAUUUCUGCUGAAGAACUGUAAUAAAUGCUUUAAACAUUUUUCCAGAGCAAUAUUACUUUCUCCAAAUGGGCCCGCAGAAGAUGCAGGAGAAUCAAAGAAGGAGCUAUUCGCAAGUGAUGAUAUAUCAACUGUGAAGGCCACAAUUGCUGUAGGAUCCCUAGAAAUAUUCCUUCAAUCCUACUUCAAGCUGGUUUUUCAACCUGGACUACUAAAGGCACAUUUCAUAAGCUUCUUGCAGAACCUUUUCCUCCAUACUAAGCACAACUUGCUGUUGUUGUUUUUGUGAAGCCUGAUGUAUGUGUGAGGGGGACAUCCUGAAAGCCAACCAUGCACUACUGCAAUCAGCAGAACUUACAAAAAGGCCCUUUUUGGCAUCGGCACUUCAUCCUUCACCCAGUCAUUAAGAGAAGUGUGCUAUUUUGCACGAACAUGCCAAGAGGGAAGGGAAGGAAUAAUUUCGUGACAAAUCCCCACCCAAAGCAACAAUGAUUAAUUGGGUGUUUGAGUGGUUUUUAAAUGUGCAAUAAUCAGAUUAACUUUG